AUGUCAAUGGUCGCUGUGGGAUUCGUCCUGUUCUUAUUUCCUACGACACCAUUAGUUGAUGCGGCUCCCACGUCAGAUCUGCCUGUCUCUCCUGUUGUAGGAAAUUCGAUAGGAGGUUGGUUAUCGAUUUUAGGUAACACAAACGAAGUGGAAGCUUCAACAGGAGUGAUCGCAUCAGGAUCGUCAGCGUUCCCGACUGCUGGAGGGAUUUCAGCUGUCUUUUGCUUUAUUAUUUCAGCCUGGCUUCGGUUCUCUUGCAUUUCGGUGCUUGGGCCUGUGGGCAGGUUACUCUGCUCCUGCUGA